AAAUCAUUCACCACGGAGUACCUAACCUUAGACAACGAAUUUGCCGCCCUUGCAUUGUGGCCCGACACAAAUUCGUUACUGGAUUUGCCAUUAGCAGAUCCCAUACUGGGCUAUGAAAAUGUUACCAGCCCCCUGGAUUGGGAUGAGUCGGAUAACUCAUUCAAUAACAGUUUAUAUGAUUUCUUUACCAAUAACAACAACAACAAUAACGCCAUCAGCAGCAGCAGCAGUAACAACAACACCAUAACACAAAAUGACACAUCUGAGUCAACAUUCUACAGCAUUACCAGCACUGUUGGCCCUCAACGCACGCAAGCGACACGUUCCGCUGCAUUUGAAGUACCCAUUUGGCUAAUAUUGUGUUACAGCAUCAUUCUACUGUUCGCAAUUGUUGGUAACCUGUUGGUCAUUAUAAUAUUGGCGCAGAAUCGUCGUAUGCGUACCAUUACCAAUGUCUUUCUCUUGAAUUUGGCAAUAUCGGAUAUACUGUUGGGGGUACUUUGUAUGCCAGUAACAUUGGUGGGCACGCUGCUGCGUCACUUUAUAUUCGGCGAAUUCUUUUGUAAACUAAUACAGUUUUCACAAGCUGCUUCGGUGGCGGUCUCAUCCUGGACCCUUGUGGCCAUAUCCUGUGAACGCUACUAUGCCAUUUGUCAUCCGUUGCGAUCGAGACGUUGGCAGACGAGAAGUCAUGCGUAUAAAAUUAUUGCCUGCAUUUGGUUCGGCAGCAUGUUGUGCAUGACACCGAUUGCAAUUUUCAGUCAAUUAAUGCCGACAAGUCGACAAGGUUAUCGCAAGUGUCGUGAAAAUUGGCCAGGCUAUGCCAUGCCCUACGAAAGACCCUACAAUAUUUUUCUCGACUUGGUGCUGCUCGUCUUACCUUUGGUCAUACUAUCGGUGGCCUAUACCUUGAUUACACGCACAUUGUAUGUUGGAAUGCGCAUUGAAAAGGCCAUGAUUUUUGGGGGUGGUGGUGGCGUUGGCGGAGGAGGACCCGGCAAUUGUAACGGCAAAUUAAAUUUCGAAGAAUUCUCUUCAACGUUCCACGCAAAAUGUGGCUCAUCUUGCUGUUGUAUGACCACCGGUGGCAAUAUAAAUAAAGCCGCUUAUCUAUCGACUACAACGACGCCAACCUCAUCCAUGACCACUUUGGCAUCGACGUCGUCGGCAGUGUCGCGUUUAAGAUUUCAAUUUUCAUUGCGACGUCAUGGCCAAAAGACCGUAACAAAUGUCACAAUGAAAACGAAUGUGGGUGGCGGGGCUGUGGGAUCAUCUAAUAAUAUAACAGCUGCGGGCAAUAUUGGCGUUGGUGUUGGCGUUGGCGGCAGCAUCAUGCGCAGCCACUUCAGUCUGAACAAGGAAACCCAUCAUUUGGACGAAACAAUACAAGAAACAGAUAUGUUCCAACAAAAACCAUCAUCAACGAAGCAUUAUCCACAACAGUAUAGCAGCAAUCAGCAUCAACGAUUGUUCCAACAGCAACAACAACAAAACCAUUGUCACAAUUACCAUCAACACCAAAUGUUGUUGCAUCACGAAAGUGACCAGGACCAUCAUCAUCAGCAACAGCAGCACGUUUCCACUAAAUUUUGUUGUGAUAACUUUUCACGCUUUUGUUGUGGCAAACGGCCCACAAACUCGUCAGCGAGCAGCACCAACAAUGGUCGACGCCAUCUCUAUUGCAUGCGCUUUGCCACGCUGCGGGCAGUGCCUCCGGACAAUGAUUCAAUAAAUGCAACCUCAAGUCAUUGUACAUCGGAAUGUUGCAGCAGCAGUAGUUGUAGUGGUGGCGGUGGUGUCGGCAGUGGUGUUGGUGUCGGCUCUGGCCUUGGAGCGGCCGCUAACAAUACCAUUGGACCCUUGGGUUGCUGUGGCACCAGCUCAGCCCCCAGCAACGUGGCCAAUUUGCCCUCAACCUCCGCAUCUUCGUUAGUGGCUUCAUCAUCGGCCACGUACUCCUCGUAUCGCUAUCAAAUGCAUCAGCAACACUACCAUCAUUAUCAGCAUCAUCCCUACAAUGGCAUGCGAAAUAAUUACGUUCAACAAGUAAGCCAUUCGGAUCUGUAUGGCAGCAGCAGCAAAGGGGGUGAGAUUUUGGUGGGGGCAGCUGGUGGCGGUGUUAAAAAGUUUUUCAGCAGCAGUAAACGUAAUUUACGAUCUUCCGAUUCAGUAUUAAGAAGAAACAACAUGGCCAAAAAUCUCGAAAGUAAAAAACGUGUCGUCAAAAUGUUAUCUGUAUUGGUGUUGGAAUUCUUCAUCUGCUGGACGCCGCUGUAUGUCAUCAACACGGUGGCCAUGUACAUCGGUUCGGCCAUAUACGAAUACAUCGAUUACAAAUCGAUAAGUGCAUUACAGUUGCUCGCCUACUCAUCGAGUUGCUGUAAUCCGAUCACCUACUGUUUCAUGAAUGCCAAUUUUCGACGAGCUUUUCUCGACACAUUCAAGGGUAUGCAAUGGUGUGGCAUUAUUGGCCGAGGUCGGGGCGGAGGUGGCGGCAGUGGUGGUGGCAAAAGAUUUCGACGCAAGCGUUCACCGCCACAAAAUGGAAAUUUAUGCUUGGCUGGUAAUUCAAGUAUCCGGGUAAACAGUUGUACCGUUCAAACAGUGAUAGAUAGUCCACGAUUGUAGAGCAAUCGCCGGCCCCGAAAUGAUGAUGAGGGAAAUUAAUGGUGUGGUCUGGCUAAACAGGAAACUUUGCAAUAAGGUUUGCAAGUUGGAACAAAAAACGCCGUAAUAUUCGAAUUAAUUGGAUACUCAAUACCUUGUUCUACUCCAGUUUCCAUUCAUGGCAAGGCAAAAGUGAACUCGAAACUCUUACACCAGAAUUGAUAUUUGCAUUUGAAACUAUAGAUAUAUUUAUACAGAAAUACAUGCAUACAUACAUACACACACACAUUCAUACCUUCAUGUGUAGUAGUUGUGUUAGCCCCUAAGUGAAAGCAAAAGUAUUUUCCAACGAAUUGGAAGUCUUACUUCCGCAUAAAUGGUAACGGACUUUGUACAAAGCAAAUGUAAUUCUAUAUUAGAUAUUUGGUUUUUUAAGCUACUACCGAAAUAAAGAAACAAACAAAGUUUUAUGAAAUUUAAAUAGUUUUCAGAACAACCUGUAAGUGGAACAAACGAUAAAGUCGAAACAACACCCGAACACACCCAAAUGAACACAUACAAUUUAGUUUUGUAAGAAAAUUCCAUUUUUUUAAUAAAAAAAAUUGCAAGUAAUGUUAUGUGGUUCAUUGGCGAACAAAAUUCUCUAAGAGCCGACAAC